CAGGCUGUUCAAGUGCCUAACCCGAAAAGGGAACAUCUAGGAGGCUGUCGAAAGCCACCAACAGAACGAUUCAGUUUGCAAGAUGCCUCCACUUCCAGCACCAUCGAGGCAGAAGACACUCAAGAGUGUGUUGUUGACAGUGAUAAUCUUGAGCAACCCCUACUUCCUGAACUCCAGCUGGAAAAGGAAACAGAGGAGGAGCAGGGCACAGGAAAACAGAAGAGCUUGGAAGAAGAUAAUAAUAACCUAAAACUGAAAUUGCUUGUAAAAGAAGGUGAGAUAGACAGACUGAAAGCAGAAAUAAGCACACUUAGAAAGAAAACUCUCACACCUGAGCUCAUUCAAAGCAGCAAAAUUUCCAAAAUGUUUAAUUACAGUACUGGCUUCACAUAUGACCAAUUCAACCAACUGUGCACCGUUUUUGGAAUUCCAAAUAAUCCACACACCAUUUCAAUUACUAUCCCGUUAAACUACAAACGCACUGAUAGGGAAAUUGAUGAUAUGCCCCUCCGUAACCAGCUCUUGUUCGUCUUGAUGAAAUUGCGGAACAAUGAAGAUCUGAAAAGUCUUGCAUUUCGAUUCAACAUAACUUCACAAAAUGCAAGCAAUGUCUUCAAAGCCUGGAUUGACUAUAUGUUUGAUGUUUUGGGUGACUUGCCAAUUUGGCCACACAGGGACAUCAUUACCCAGAACAUGCCAGCUGCCUACAAAAUUGACUACCCAACCACAUUCGCCAUAUUAGACUGCACCGAGCUCAGAAUUGAGAGGCCAACCUCACUUGUUCUACAAAGCCAGAGCUUUUCUAACUACAAAAGCACCAAUACCCUCAAAGCUUUAGUUGCAUGUGACCCCCGUGGCGCUGUGAUUUUCUCAUCAGCGCUUUUUACAGAUUCCAUGUCAGACAAGGAGAUUGUCAGACAGUGCGGUAUCAUCUCACUAUUGCAGAAAAUGAUUGAGAAUGGCUAUUUACAAAGAGGGGAUGGCUUAAUGGCCGAUAAAGGGUUUUUGAUCGAAGAAGACAUUAAAGCAAUCGGACUGCAGUUAAAUCUUCCACCUUUUGCGAGGUCUAAUAGGCAAAUGGCUGCUGGAGAUGUGCUGGCAACAAAGCGCAUUGCAAAGCACAGGGUGCACGUUGAGAGGUCCAUCGCUAAAAUCAAAAAGUUUAAAAUUGUGUCUGGCAGGAUACCUAAUUCAAGGCUUGCUGUUAUCAAUCAGAUCUGGUAUGUGGUUAGCAUUCUUUCUAACUUCCAGCCACGCAUUCUUAAAUUAUGGCACUGAUCAGGACAUUAUGUCCAUAUGUAUGUUCAUUUAUGAAAUCUUACUGAAA